AUGGUAUAUUCUUCUUAUAGUGGUACAUUCAUGCUGAAAGGAGAAAACGAAGCAUGGACCCUCUUCGAGAACCUCAACGAGAACUCCAUACAGCAUGCCUCAAAAGUCGAAGGUAUUUAUGCAGUGAGUAACCCCUUGGAGGACAUUACUGUAUUGAGGAGCGGUAAAGAAGUGGACAACAAGGUUGUGGAGAAGAAAGAUCAGUCAGCUUCAGCCACUCUACCUCUUGAGUGGCCAUAUGAACCGAAGGCUCCAUUCCCUGAACACCUCAAGGAAUCGAAUCAGUUUGGGAAGCAGGGAGAGAAGAUCCAAGACAUGCUAGAGAUUCCAACAUAUGCCAAGUUCCUCAAGGAUUUAUGUACACAAAAGCAAAGAACAAGGGCCCACACUCUAAAUAAAGUUCUCCUCACAGAGCAAGUCAGUUAUCUUAUCCAACACAGUAUCCCUUCAAAGUUCAAAGACCCUGGUGCUCCCACCAUUUAUUGCAUCAUCAGAGAACAUAAGGUUGAGAAAGCCUUCCUCGACUUAAGGGCUGAAGUGAAUCUGCUGCCCUAUUUCAUUUAUCUGCAGCUAGGUUUAGGGGAAUUGAAGCCCACUAGUGUUAUCUUGCAAAUGGCUGAUAGAUCUGUCAAGAAACCGCGGGGAAUCAUCGAAGAUGUUGUCGUUCAGGUGGACAAGUUAUACUUCCCAGUAGAUUUUAUUGUUCUUGAUACAGAAUUUGUCCCCAAUCCUAAUAAGAUGAUCCUAGUUGUCCUCAAUCGUCCAUUCUUAGCCACAGUUAAUGCAAACAUAAACUGUAGAACCGAGAUUAUGAAGAUCACUUUUGGGAAUAUAAAGAUAAAGCUAAACAUCUUCAAUGCCUUCUAG